AUGCGUUUGGCCGAAAUGCCUUCUUCUUUGCCAAAUCCACUUGUAUCCACCUAUGCUCGAGCUUUCCUUUGCCGUAUUGCUAUGCGCCAUGCCAGUGGCUAUCGUGAUUUGCCUUGGAAAUGUUUUAACGAUUGCCUAAGCAUCUUUCCUGUACAACAGGUAACCUCCGGCGAGGAAGUGAAUUCCAGAGAGCUUUGCGUUUUUGGUGAACGAUUGUUGGAGAAUUCUAUCGCUGAUGAAACAAGACGAAUAAUUUUGAAGAAUUGUUGGCGAAGAGCAAUGCGCUUAGAAAAUAUCCAGGAUUUCGUUGAAUGUGCGGCUGUUUGGAUUGAAUUUGCUGUUCGUUAUUUCACAUUGAAUGAACUUAGUGUUAUGUUGGAACUGCUAAUCAAGCGAGUUACACCGGGCAAAGUUUGUUUUUUGAAGAAUUUUACGUCGUAUUUUCAUACUGCUGAAGUUUUUGAGCGGAAAUUACUUCAAAUAUGA